UGUAAGACGCCAAUCGGGUAUCCAGCAUUCCCUGGUCGCGCUAUACGCUCCGCUUCUAUCCCUUCUGGUUUAAAUACCCACGCCGCGAAACCACUACGACGUGAUGCCAUCACAGCGGUAACAGCCCGAGUAUCCUCCUCCUCCUCCUCCUCCUCCUCACCCUGCUCAUAUCUUACCUACAUAUCCAUAUAGCACUUAGGUACCUACCUACCUACCUACUUACUUGAAUACAUAACACCUUGUACGGAGUAUACCUACUCAAGUUGCCCACCUACCCAACUCGCGCAACCCCGAUCCCUCACCCGCAAGCGCCAUGGCGUACGUGGCGGGGAAGUACACCUACCCCUCGCCCCUCGCCGGCUACGAGGGCGCCCCGCCGCUCCCCGACGAGAAGGCCGAGGACGGGAAGAGCUACGUGAACCCGGUCAACGAGACGCUCAGCAAGGCCUACCUCGACUUCCCAGACCCGCUGGACAAGGGCCGUCGCGGUGGUUUCGACAUCCACAUCUAUUACUACCAGGCCAACGAGGCCCAGACGAAGUAUGCGCGCGAGCUGUGGGAGCGCAUCCGACGAGAGUUUCCCGAGCUGAGGAUCUACCGCUUCUGGGACCGGCCUAUAGGGCCGCACCCGGUGGCCAUGUUCGAGGUCAACCUGUUCACCCCGGCGCAGUUCGGCGCCUUCGUGCCCUGGCUCGCCAUCCACCGCGGGCCCCUCUCGGCGCUCAUCCACCCCAACACCUCCGAGCCCGGCGACAGCCCGUCCGGCAUGGACGUCGAGCUGCGCAACCACACCCAGCGCGCCAUCUGGAUGGGCGAGCGCCUGCCCCUCGAUCUCGACAGAUUCGUGUGAGCGCGGCGGCCGCGUGUCGCACCUUGUCGGCGACGCUUCGGCCGGGCCGGCGAUGCCGUGGUUGGUUGCGUCGCGGGCAUCUUCUGUUGUGCACUGCCCCGGCUCUCUAACCCCGUUCUGCAUAAAGAUACUGCGUGGACCAAUUCUAUAGCCAAUUUACUAAAACUCGUAAAAUGCAUAAGUCUUACAUAGCCCCAAGUACAAGAGUAGGUAAGCAGUGUUGCGGAUGAGCUUGUUUCUCUGUAAGCCAGAGCCAGAGACUUUAGAAAAGUCUCCGGGAAUGCGAUACGCAUCCCUUUUCAAGUUGAUUGGUUUCGUAGAGUGUUAGAAUUGUACUCUUACGUGGACCUUAAUCAGCCUGUCCUACACGUAUGUUGCCGUUAGGCUUGUCCGCACAGCUAACGCCAACCUUGCUACCGUGUACGGCUCUUUGGCAUAACAUAUGAUUGUAAAUACUCGAAAGUAAGGGUCCCGUCGGAGGUCCCCAACCCAUCUUGUUCCGGAGUCUGGCCCGAGGCUAGGGGGCAGAUGGUUAUGUAGGGGAAUCUGCGAACAGAGUGCGAGACAAGGAGAGC